AUGCGGCGGUGGGACGGGAGGCGGCGACGAAGCGUCGCGGCGGCGGGAUGCGCAGGCGGCGCCGAGGAAGGCGCGGCGGCGGUAAGGGGAGGCGGCGACGUGACGUCGCGGCAGCGGGAGGGGCAGGCGGCGACGGGGCGUCGCGGCGGAGGGAUGCGCAAGGGCGCCGAAGUAGGCGCGGCGGCGGGAGGGGGGAGGUGGCGACAGGGGGGGUCGCGGCAGGAGGACGGGGAGGCGGCGAUGAAGCGUCGCGGCGGAUGCGCAGGCGGCGCCGGAGCAGGCGCAGCGAAUACUAUGUUCAUUCUCAUGGCAUGUGCUGGUGUGGGGUUUUUGUGUACGUUCCUGUUGCCGCAAAUGAAAGGGAGGUCUUUGGAAGAUAUUUCAGGGGAGAUGGUGGAGAGUGAUGAUGAGGACAACGAGGAGGAGGAUGGGGAGGAGGAUGUGGGGGAUGGGGAGGAAGGGGAGGAGAGGAAUGAGUUUCAUUAUCCGGAGCAGGAGACUGGGUUGGAUGGGGUGAUGAUGGGUCACAGUCACGGAUGGGAUGAGGAGGAAGAGGAGGAUGAGGACGAGGAGGAUAGGAAGGGUGGGGAGGAGGAGCUAACAUUGGAACAAAUGGGGCUAGGUAGUCUUGUGAUGGAGGAGCAGGGGGAGGGAGAGGAGGAGCGUUUGCAAGCAGGAGGAGGGUGCAUGGUUGGGCUGGACUUACCAUGUGGAAGUGUGCAUUCGUAUGGAGGUGUGGGUGUUCGAAGGGAUUGA